GUUAGUGCUUUUUCACUAGACGAACGGACACUAUGAUUGAAUACAUCUGCUGCACAGUGGGAAGCAAUGUGAAUUGGCGUUUGUGUUACGUUUAUGAAAUAGAAUUUAGUUUACAAUGAAUUACAAGGAAUAUUAACAGUAAUAUAAUAUUAAGCGAUUAAAGUAAUAUUAAGCAGUAUGCCUGCACAAGAAGUUGCGGUUUUACAACCGCCUGCAACCGAAACCGAAGAAAAUAAUGCACCUUCUUCUCAGCCGAUUGUGGGCAUUAUUUACCCUCCACCGGAGGUUAGAAACAUUGUUGACAAAACAGCCAGUUUUGUGGCUAGAAAUGGACCAGAAUUUGAAUCAAGGAUUAGACAAAAUGAACUGGGUAAUCCAAAGUUUAAUUUUUUAAAUUUUGGUGAUCCAUAUCAUGCGUACUACCAGCAUAAAGUAAAAGAAUUUAAAGAAGGAAAGGGUCAAGAACCAGCAAUAGGAUUAGGACCAGGAAAAGCAGUUAAUCUUGCAGCUCACCAAAAACAGCAAGAAAUUUUAAAACAAGUGGAGCAACCGUUUGUUCCAAAAGAUCCACCUGCAGAAUUUGAAUUCAUUGCUGAUCCUCCUUCUAUUUCAGCUUUGGAUUUGGAUAUUGUAAAGUUAACAGCUCAGUUUGUAGCUCGUAAUGGUCGGCAAUUUUUAACUAACUUGAUGAACAGAGAACAAAGAAAUUUUCAAUUUGAUUUCUUACGUCCUCAGCACUCUUUGUUUCAAUACUUCACGAAGCUUUUAGAACAAUACACUAAGGUAUUAAUUCCUCCCAAAGACCUACUACCACGACUUCGUGAUGAAGCCUUUAACAUGGACAAAAUUUUAGAGCAAGUUAAGUAUCGCGCUGAAUGGUUAAAGUACCAAGAAGCUCAAAGGCGCAAAGAGGAGGAAGAGCUAGAACGCGAAAGAGUUGCUUACGCACAAAUUGACUGGCACGAUUUUGUUGUGGUCGAAACCGUCGAUUACCAACAAUUCGAAGUUGGUAAUUUCCCAGCACCAACAACACCCGACGAAGUUGGUGCUCGAGUACUAAUGCAGGAGAGAAUAGAAGAAGGUGAAGAUGUAGAGAUGCAAAUAGACAGCGAAGGGGAUGAUGAAAUGCAGAACCGAACGGAAGGAGAAAAAGACCGUGCAAAGGAUAACAAUCAAGUACAAGACAUGGAGGAGGAUUCGAGCGACGAAGAUGAUGUAUCACCACCGGGUGAUACCCAUAAGGCUAAAGAAUCUAAACCGCGUGAUAAUAAUAUGCAGCCACCGCCAUUACCUCCCACGCCAGGAAACGUUGUUGUGAAGAAAGGAUAUGAUCCUAAGCAACAUGGUAACAAAAUUGUUCGUCCUGUUCCACCUGAUGAAUAUCUGAUAUCUCCAAUUACUGGAGAACGUAUACCAGCGAGUAAGGUGCAAGAGCACAUGCGAAUUGGUUUAUUGGAUCCACGAUGGGUUGAACAGAGAGAUAAGCAUCUGGAUAAACUGGCUCAAGAAACAGUAUUUGCCCCUGGUACAGCCAUCGAAGCCAGUUUGAAACAGCUUGCCGAAAGGCGUACCGAUAUUUUUGGUGUCGGUGAUGAGGAAACCGCUAUUGGUAAAAAGAUCGGGGAAGAAGAUAAGAAGAAAGAUGAUAAAGUCACGUGGGACGGACAUACGUCGAGUGUGGAAGCAGCAACCAGGGCUGCAAGAGCAAACAUUACUCUGGAAGAACAGAUUCACCAGAUACACAAAGUCAAGGGACUUCUUCCGGAUGAAGAGAAAGAAAAGAUCGGACCGAAACCCGCCAAUCGUGCAGCUGAACUAUCGCACAUGGCUGCGGCUGCUUCGAAACCUCAGGCUACUUUGAAAGCACCACCUAAACCACCGGCGCCAAAACCAGUACCGGUUCCAACGCAACCACCGCCACCGCCGACCAUGAGUAUGCCUACUAUGGGUAUUCCACAGCCAAUGAUGCCACAAGCACCUAUGAUGAUGAUGGCUCCUAUGCCACCAAUUCGGCCACCGCCGCUUAUGACACCGGCAAUGUCGCCGUUUAUGCCAACACCACCGCCUAUGCAACCACCAAUGGGAUCUGCUAUGGGAAUGAAACAUCCUAAUGAACCCAUGGAAGAAGAACCUCAAGCUAAGAAAUUAAGAACCGAAGAUUCGUUAAUACCUGAACAACAGUUCUUAGCUAGAAAUAAGGGUCCUGUUCAGUUGAGUAUAGCCGUGCCGAUGAUGACGGAGAAGGCAGAAUGGAAAUUGAACGGUCAGACAUUGAAUAUCACCUUGCAAUUAAGUGAUACUGUAUCAACAAUGAAAGCCCUUAUUCAUGAACAAACUGGUAUGCCUCCUGGUAAACAAAAAUUGCAAUACGAGGGGAUGUUCUUCAAAGAUAAUAAUACCCUUGCAUAUUAUAACUUAACAUCCGGUAACGUAAUCAAUCUAUUUCCAAAGGAAAGAGGUGGUAGGAAAAAGUAAAAUGGAUAAAUCUGUAAUUAAAUGUAUUUUAAACAUUUUACAUAACCUGUACGAAGAAACCAAUUUUCUUUAUUCUGAAAAAUUAAAUAGAUAUGUUACCAACAAUCAACAA